UCUAUCUCGCUCCUUCAUUAUCUUCCUCUUCUUUCUCGCACAUGGCACAUAGUGCGUUUAAUCUUCAUCUCCUUUCUCCCUUCCACCAUUAAAGAGGGAUUGCUCUACUCAAUUUUGGCAAGCAUCAUCAACCUCUUGUCGUCGCCACAGUUUCCUUCAAUGGCUUCUGUGCGAACCGCCGCCGCGCCGUCACAAGCUCCACUCUUGCGUAACCGCGUUGCUACCACGAGCUCUGCAUCACGCCGUCGCAUUUUAUCGCAGCAACCGCGAGGUGGCUUCCCCUGGCUGCGCCGCGCUCCGCUGUGUCCGGACUUCCAUCACGCGCUGGCUCCAUCGCCUCUGCCCUCUCUUCACCGUGCCGAGCCGCUACUCCUCCCUCAAUCUCACUCUCUGCUACUGCUAAGUGAUUUCAAGAACAAAAUCACUAAAGGGAACAAACAACAAAGCCAAUCUCCCCAACCAUUCCCGUCACCUCUAGCAGCUCCGCCGCACCCACCCACUCCGGGAACCCUCCGAGCAGCCGCUGGUUGUGGAUCGGCGGGUCAAACUUCCUCCGAUUGUGAUGGUGAAUACAUGGAUGGCUUUCUGAGAACGCAAAGGGGCCACAUGUACUUUUAUUAAAUGGACAGAUCACAUCCGUGUUUAUGUUAAUCUAAUUGCCACUAAUGCUCUCA